AAAGCACCUUGUCCCCAUGUUAAUGGAGACAAGGGCCUUUUCCCACCCCCCAUGUUGAGGGCAUGUGGCCUGGUAUGGUUCAGGAGGGGGGCGCUCGCUCGUCCACCCCCCUUUCCUGACCUGCCAGGCUGCAUGCUCGGAUAAGGGUCUGGUAUGGAUAUUGAGGGGGACCCACGCUGUCUUUUUUUUUUUUUUUUUUUUUUUAAUUUCAGCGUGGAGUUCCCCCUUAAUAUUUCCAUACCAGACCUGAAGGGCUUGGUAUGGAUGAAAAGGGGGACC